AUGAACGGCCACGCUGCCUUUCCUCCUGACUCACCCGUCUGCAGCAGCCCGGAGCUGGUCCUAGUCUCCAAAUCCAUGAAGGCAGUGCCAGGAGCAGAUUCCCAGGGGGUGACCCCGCAGGCCAGGAGCAUUGCAGGGGUAUAUGUGGAGACCUCAGGCCAGACUCUGGGCAUCUAUGCCGCCAUGAAGCAGAAUCUCCUACCUGCUGGGUUGGGGCUGGCACUGCUGGAGGCUCAGGCGGCUACUGGGGGCCUGGUAGAGCCCACUCAGGGCCAGCUGCUCACUGUGGCUGAUGCCCUGAGGCAGGGCCUGGUGGGCCUGGAGCUGAAAGAGAAGCUGCUGAUGGCUGAACGUGCUUUCACUGGCUACCCCGACCCCUAUGGUGGAGAGAAGCUGGGCCUCUUCCAGGCCAUUGUGAAGGAGGUGGUGGACCCCAAUCUGGGUAAGGGCUGGCUACAGGCCCAGCUGGCCACCGGAGGCCUGGUAGACCCCAUAAAUGGUGUCCGCGUGGCUCCAGAGCUGGCAUGCCAGCAGGGCCUUCUGGACCAGGGCACGUGGCAGAACCUGCUGGAGGGUAAGGUGAUACCUGGCUUCCAGGACCCCAACACGCUGGAGCAGCUGCCUUAUCCGGAGCUCCUGGAUCGAUGCUUGAGGGACCCCCAUUCAGGGCUGGCCCUUCUGCCUCUCAAGAUUGUUUUUCGCACCCUGAGUGGGGCGGUGAGCCUGGACGAGCUUCUGGAGGUGGGAGUCCUGGAUGAGGAGACAGCCCAGGGCCUGCGGGAGGGCAGACUGGCUGUGCCCGAGGUGGGCACCCGAGCCGAGGUCCAACGCUUCCUGCAGGGCUCUGGCGGCCUGGCGGGGGUCGUGAUGCUGCCUGCUGGCCACAAGAAGAGCUUCUCCCAGGCGGUGGUCGAUCACCUGCUCCCAGUGGGUGCUGCACUCUGGCUCCUGGAGGCCCAGGCAGCCACUUGCACACUGGUUGACCCAGCCAGCGGCCAGCAGAUGUGUGUGGAUGAGGCUGUGCGAGCCGGUCUAGCUGCUCCAGAGUUCCACAGGCAGCUCCUGGUGGCAGAGCAGGCUGUGACUGGCUACCACGAUCCCUUCAGUGGCUCCAGUGUUCCUCUUUUCCAGGCCAUGCAGAAGGAACUAGUAGCCAGGCCUCUGGCGCUGCGGCUCCUGGAUGCGCAGCUGGCCACAGGAGGGCUGGUGUGCCCCACCCGCAGGCUUAGGUUGCCCCUGGAGGCUGCCAUGUCCUUCGGUUGCAUGGACCAGGAGACCUGGGAGCAUCUCUCGCAGGCUGCUGGCUUCCUGGACCCCAGCACCCAAGAGAGCCUGAGCUAUGGGCAGCUGCUGGCCCGCAGCGUCACUGAUCCCAAGACAGGACUGGCCUUCCUGCCCCUCUUGGGGGACACACUGGGAGAGGAGCCCCUUGGAGCCCCAUUCAUUGAGCACAGCACCAAGCAGGCCUUGCUUUCGGCUAUGACUACCGUCCCUGUGGGCAGGUUUCAGGGCCGGCGUGUGUCCCUCUGGGAGCUCCUCUUCUCCGAGGCCAUCCCCGUGCAGCAGAGGGCUGCGCUGGCCCAGCAGCAUAAGGAAGGCAUCCUGUCAGCAGAGGAGUUGGCUGCCGAGCUCAGGGCCACUAUAGAGCAGGCUGCUGCCACCACCAGAGUCACUUUCCGUGGGUUGCGAGUAGCUGUGACCCCCAAGGAGCUGGUCCAGGCAGAGAUCAUCGGCCAAGACGUGUAUGAACAGCUGGAGCGUGGCCAGGCCACAGCGCAAGAUGUGAGCAGCCUGGACUCAGUGCACCGAUACCUACAGGGCACAGGCUGCAUCGCCGGCCUGCUGCUGCCUGACUCCCAGGAGCGCCUCAGCAUCUAUGAAGCCCGCAGAAAGGGCCUCCUGCGGCCAGGCACAGCUCUCAUCCUGCUGGAGGCCCAGGCUGCCACUGGCUUCAUCAUCGACCCCAAAGCCAACAAGCGGUUCUCCGUCGAAGAGGCGCUACAGGCUGGAGUGGUUGGGCCUGACGUGUUCUCUAAGCUACUGUCGGCUGAGCGUGCCGUCACCGGCUACACCGACCCCUACACGGGCCAGCAGAUCUCCCUGUUCCAAGCUAUGAAGAAGGAGCUGAUCGUGCACGACCACGGCAUCCGCCUGCUGGAGGCCCAGAUCGCUACGGGCGGCAUCGUGGACCCUGUGCACAGCCACCGCCUACCUGUGGAUGUGGCCUACCAGCGCGGCUACUUCGACGAGGAGAUGAACCGUGUGCUGGCGGACCCAGGCGAUGACACCAAGGGCUUCUUCGACCCCAACACGCAUGAGAACCUCACCUACCUGCAGCUGCUAGAGCGCUGCGUUGAGGACCCCAACACGGGCCUAUACCUGCUGCCACUAGGCAGCACACAGUCUCACCUGGUGGACAGCGCCACUCGGCGAGCCUUCCAGAAUCUGCUGGUGCAGGUGAAAUAUGGGCGGUUCCGAGGGCGGCAGGUGUCAGCGUGGGAGCUGGUCAACUCUGAGUACUUCAGUGAGGGCCGUCGCAGACAGCUGCUCCAAAGUUACCGGCGGCGCCAGGUCUCAUCGCAGCAGCUGGCGCAGCAGCUGGAGAGAGAGUUGUACAGGUGGGCUGACAUGAGGCUGCCUGCCCUGAGGGGUCAGGUCACAGUCUACCAGCUCCUAGAAUCUCACAUCAUUGACUCGGAACUCCUGGAGCAGGUCCUGGCAGGGACAGUUAGCACCGAGGCCCUCCUCCAGAGGGAGGCUGUCCGUAGAUACCUGCAGGGCUCCGGGACUGUGGCUGGGGUCCUCCUGCAGCCUUCCAAUAGGAAACUCAGCCUAUACCAGGCCCUGAAGGAGAAUGUGCUGGGACUCCGUGUAGCCUUGCCACUCUUGGAGGCCCAGGCAGCCACUGGCAGCAUGGUGGUCCCUCAUAGUCCUGAUGGGCUGUCUGUGCAGGAGGCUGUGAGGAGAAAGCUUGUGGGGCCCGAGUUAUACAUCCAGCUGCAGCAGGCUGAAGAAGCUGUCACUGGGAUCCGAGACCCCUUCUCAGGGAAGCAGGUGUCCUUGUUCCAGGCCAUGAAGAAGGGCCUUGUCCCUGAGGAGCAGGCUACCCGCCUCCUGGAGGCCCAGGUGGCCACCGGCGGGGUCAUCGACCCUACUGGCCACUACCACCUCCCCUCACUCACAGCUGCCCAGCGGGGCUACAUUGACCCAAACAUGUCUGCUGUUCUACACAGCUCUGCUGAGACCUUCCCCACGCUGGACGGCCGAGGGCACACUAGCUACGCAAGCCUCCUGCAGCAGUGUGUGAGGGACAAGGCCUCAGGCCUGCAGCUGCUGCCCCUGCCAGACGCUGCACCUACACUGCCCACGGACCAGCAGCUGCAGGCCACUCUGCAGGCCACUCCAGGCACUGGUGAUGGUGCCUCGCUUUGGGAGAUGCUGAACUCUGGCCACUUCACAGAGGAGCAACGCAGGGCCUUUGUUGAAGAGUUCCGGGUGGGCAAGAGCAGCCUGGAGCAGCUGAAGGACAAAGUGUGCAAGUGGGUACAGGCAGCAGAGCUCCUGGCACGGACCCGUGUCAUGGUGCCAGGCCCACGAGGCCCUGUGCCUGCUGCCUGGCUGCUGGAUGCUCGCAUCAUCACCGAGGACACUCUGGUGGCACUGGCCAAGGGCCAGUGGGCUCCUGAGGAGGUUGCUGAGCAGCCCAAGGUGAAGGCAAGCCUGUGGGGUGUGGGCUGUGUGGCUGGGGUGCUGCUUCAGCCCUCCAGAAACAAAGUGACUAUUGUCCAGGCAAUGAAGUGUGGUCUCUUGACUGAGGGCCUGGGCCGCAGACUGCUAGAGGCCCAGGUGGCAGCAGGCGGCCUAGUCAACCCUCUAACAAGUGAGAGACUGUCAGUGGAAGGUGCGGUCAGGUGUGGCCUGGUGAGUGGGCAGCUGGGAGAGCAGCUGCAGCAGGUUGAGAGGGCUGUGACUGGGUACAUGGACCCCACCUCAGGGCGCCCCCUCUCGUUGUGGCAGGCUAUAGAAAAGGGACUCAUGCCUGCCAGCGAAGGCUUCCCCCUACUGCAGGUGCAGCUGGCCACUGGAGGGGUGUUGGACCCUGUUCAUGGGGUACACUUGUCCCAGGAAGCCGCCUGCAGGCUCGGCUACCUGGACGGGCCCACGAGUCGAGCACUGACGGCGGGAGAUGAGGACAACAAGUUCUUUUUUGACCCCGCCACACAGGAGAUGCUCACAUACCAGCAGCUCAGGGAACGCUGUGUCCUAGAUGAGGACACAGGCCUCAGGCUGCUGCCACUGGCCCAGGAUGUAGCCACAGAGGUGGACGAGCACACAGCAGUGGCACUGAGGGCGAUGAAGGUGUUGGUCAGCAGGGGCCGCUUCCAGGGACACACUGUAUCUCUCUGGGACCUACUGCAUUCAGAGUAUGUGCCAUCUGUCAAGCGGCAGGAGCUGGCAGCCCUCUGCCAGUCGGGCAGGGCCACGGCACUACGGCAGGCAGGCAGCACCCUUGUGGCCCUGGUGGAGGCAGCUGAGAGCCACUCAGCACAGCCCACCUUCAGAGGGCUCCGAAAGCACGUGUCGGCUCAAGACCUCUUUAGAGCGCAGCUGAUUGACAAGAAGACGCUAGACGAGCUAAGCCAGGGGACAAGGACCGUGCAAGAAGUGACUGAGAUGGAUAGUGUGAAGCCCUUCCUGGAAGGCACCAACUUCAUUGCGGGGGUCCUGGUGCAGAGUACGCAGGAAAAAUUGAGCAUCACCGAAGCCAUGCAGAGGCACCUCCUGCGGCCUGGCACGGCCCUGGUGUUGCUAGAGGCCCAGGCUGCCACUGGCUUCCUCAUUGACCCUGUGAACAACCGCAGACUCACCGUGCAGGAUGCUUUUUCCCAAGGGCUGUUUGGGAAGGAGACCUACCAGAAGCUGCUGUCGGCUGAGCGCGCCGUCACCGGCUACACCGACCCCUACACGGGCCAGCAGAUCUCGCUGUUCCAGGCCAUGAAGAAGGAGCUGAUUGUGCGCGACCACGGCAUCCGACUGCUCGAGGCCCAGAUCGCCACUGGUGGCAUCAUUGAUCCUGUGCACAGCCACCGUGUGCCUGUGCAUGUGGCCUACCAGCGUGGCUACUUUGAUGAGGAGAUGAACCGCGUGCUGGCAGACCCAGGAGAUGACACCAAGGGCUUCUUUGACCCCAAUACACAUGAAAACCUCACCUACCUGCAGCUGCUAGAGCGCUGUGUGCGCGACCCUGACACUGGGCUGUACCUGCUACAGGUGGUGAAGAAGCAAGAACCAUACAUGUACAUUGAUGAAGCCACCAAGCGGGCACUGCAGGCCAAAUGCAUAGCAGUGCGUGUGGGCAGGUUUGCUGGGCAGAUGGUUUCUGUCUGGGACCUGCUUUCCUCUUUGUACUUCACUGAGGAGCAGAGGCAAAGGUUGAUGCAGGAGUACAAAGUCCAUAGACUGAGCCUGGAGCAACUGAUUGAGACCAUCACGGCAAUAAUGGAGGAAACUGAGAGGAAGAGCAGUGCCAUCAAAAUGGCGGGCAUAGGUGGGGAGGUAACGGCUGCUGAGCUCUUCAACUCUGGGAUCAUCGAUAAGAAGGCCCUGGAUGCAAUAGACUCAGAGACUAGCCAGCAGCAGGACAUUAGCCAGCAAGACCAAGUGAGAGUGUCUCUGGAAGGCAGCAGCUGCAUUGCUGGACUGAUCACCCCAUGCACACAGGAGGUAAUGAGCUUCUACGAGGCAACCAAAAAAGGCCUCAUCCCAACAGGUGUGGCAGUCCUGCUGCUGGAGGCACAGGCUGCCACAGGCUUCCUGCUGGACCCCUGCAGCCGCCAGAAGCUGUCAGUUGAUGAGGCUGUAGCUGGGGGCCUCGUGGGUGAGGAAUUACGGGAAAGACUCCGGAAUGCAGAGCAAGCAGCCCGAGGUUUCAUAGACCAGGCCACAGGAGACCGGCUCUCUCUGCUCCAGGCCAUGCAGAAGAAGCUGGUCAACCGAGAGGACGCACUCAGAUUACUAGAGGUACAGGUGGCAACGGGUGGCGUUCUGGACCCAUGGCACCACCAUCGGCUUCCUGUGGACACCGCCUACAGACGUGGUUGUCUGAAUCCGGAUACAUACAUGCUGGUGAAUGACCAAAAUAAUAUGAAAAAACGCUUUCUGGACCUAAACACUGGGGGAAAAGUGAGCUAUCGGGAGUUGCAGGAGAGGAGUCACAGGGAUGAAGAAACAGGCUGGGCACUCCUGCCUCUCGACCCGGAAUCAGGGGGCAACGGGCACAUCGAUGAGAUGACCAAAAAAGCACUUGAGGCAGAACAUGUGGAGGUACACGUGGGGAGAUACCGUGGUCUAAAGCCAUCGGUGUGGGAGCUGUUGAACUCAGAAUACGUGACAGAGAGGGAGAAGCGAGAGUUGGUAAGACAGUACAAGAAAAACACGGAAAAGGAAUUGAAGAAGGUCGUACAAAUGAUCUUCACGCUGAUCGAGGAAAGAGAAAACAAGGAGAGAACACACUGGUUCAGAGGGCUGCGAAAACAGGUCACUGCAACAGAGCUCUACAAGUCAGGAAUUAUAGACAAAGACAAGCUCGAAUCGCUCCAACUUGGACAGAGUAGCGUGCAAGACUUCAGAAAUGAUGAGAAAGUCCGGCGUUACCUGGAGGGCACGAGCUGCAUCGCGGGCGUGCUGGUGCCCUCCCGGGAUGGACACAGGCCCGCCAAGAAGAUGAGCAUCUACCAGGCCAUGUGGAAGGGCGUGCUGCGGCCAGGCACGGCCCUGGUGCUGCUGGAGGCCCAGGCCGCCACGGGCUUCGUGGUGGACCCCGAGCACAACCGCCGGCUCUCCGUGGAGGAGGCCGUGGCCGCGGGCGUGGUGGGCGGCGAGAUCCGCGACAAGCUGCUGUCUGCCGAGCGCGCCGUCACCGGCUACACCGACCCCUACACGGGCCAGCAGAUCUCCCUCUUCCAGGCCAUGAAGAAGGAGCUGAUCGUGCGCGACCACGGCAUCCGCCUGCUGGAGGCCCAGAUCGCCACGGGCGGCAUCGUGGACCCCGUGCACAGCCACCGCGUGCCCGUAGACGUGGCCUACCAGCGCGGCUACUUCGACGAGGACAUGAGCCGCGUGCUGGCGGACCCGGGCGACGACACCAAGGGCUUCUUCGACCCCAACACGCACGAGAACCUCACCUACCUGCAGCUGCUGCAGCGCUGCGUGCGGGACCCAGACACGGGGCUGUUCAUGCUGCAGCUGGCGGGCCCAGGCUCGGCCCUGCACCAGCUGGGCGAGGAGCUGCGAUUGGCCCUGCGCCAGGCGCGCGUGACCUUGACGGCGGGCACCCUGCGCGGCCAGAGCCUGUCGGUGUGGGAGCUGCUUUUCUACCGCGAGGUGUCCGAAGUCCUGCGCCAGGACCUGCUGCACGGCUUGCGGGCGGGCACCCUCAGCGUGCAGGAUGUGGGGGCCUCGCUGGCCGCUAGGCUGGCCCAGGCUGAGGAGGAGGCCGGCCCGGGCCGUGGCCCCAGCCCGCCGCAGACGGACCCCCGGGAGGCGCUGCGAACCGCCACCAUGGAGGUGAAGGUGGGCCGGCUGCGAGGGCCGGCGGUGCCCGUGUGGGACGUGCUGGCGUCCGCAUACCUGACCGGGCCCACGCGAGAGGAAUUGCUGGCCCAGUUUGGCGCGGGCAAGCUGGGCCUGCCCACACUCACCCGUAGGCUGACCACCAUCCUCGAGGAGGCCGAGGCCGAGGUGCAGGAGCGGACCGAGGAGGACAGGCGCUGCGGGACCGGCGUCCAGCCUGACAGGGCCUCCGAUAGCUCGCCGGGCGGGCGCAGGCCCAAGCCCGGGGUGCUCACCAGCAGUGACGGCCACAGACACGACACCGAGUCUUUGGGCCCCGAGGACGGGGAAGCACAAGAUGGGGACUCAGCCAGGCGCAGGCAAGAGCAGGAGCAGGCCCUGCGCGCCGCCACCAUGCGCGUCCAUGUAGGCCAGUUCCAGGGCCAGGAUGUCACUCUGUGGGAUGUGCUCUUCUCCUCCUACCUCAGCCCCGAGCGCCGCCAGGAGCUGCUGGCCCAGCACGCAGCUGGGGCCCUGUCCCUGUCCCGCCUGGUGCGUGUCCUCACGCAGGUCAUCGAGGAGAGCGAGGAGCGGCUGAGCCAGGUGCGCUUCCGCGGCCUGCGGCGCCAGGUGUCCGCCAGCGAGCUGGGCAAGUCGGGCAUCCUGGACGCGGACACCCUGCGCGGCCUGGCCCAGGGCACCAAGAGCCUGCAGGAGGUCACCGAGAUGGAGUCGGUGCGGCGCUACCUGGAGGGCACGAGCUGCAUCGCGGGCGUGCUGGUGCCCUCCCGGGAUGGACACGGGCCCCCCGAGAAGAUGAGCAUCUACCAGGCCAUGUGGAAGGGCGUGCUGCGGCCCGGCACGGCCCUGGUGCUGCUGGAGGCCCAGGCCGCCACGGGCUUCGUGGUGGACCCCGAGCACAACCGCCGGCUCUCCGUGGAGGAGGCCGUGGCCACGGGCGUGGUGGGCAGCGAGAUCCGCGACAAGCUGCUGUCCGCCGAGCGCGCCGUCACCGGCUACACCGACCCCUACACGGGCCAGCAGAUCUCCCUCUUCCAGGCCAUGAAGAAGGAGCUGAUCGUGCGCGACCACGGCAUCCGCCUGCUGGAGGCCCAGAUCGCCACGGGCGGCAUCGUGGACCCCGUGCACAGCCACCGCGUGCCCGUGGACGUGGCCUACCAGCGCGGCUACUUCGACGAGGACAUGAGCCGUGUGCUGGCGGACCCGGGCGACGACACCAAGGGCUUCUUCGACCCCAACACGCACGAGAACCUCACCUACCUGCAGCUGCUGCGGCGCUGCGUGCGGGACCCAGACACGGGGCUGUUCAUGCUGCAGCUGGCGGGCCCUCAAUCGGCCCUGCACCAGCUGAGCGAGGAGCUGCGAGUGGCCCUGCGCCAGGCGCGCGUGACCUUGACCGCAGGCACAUUGCGCGGCCAGAGCCUGCCGGUGUGGGAGCUGCUGUUCUACCGCGAGGUGUCCGAAGUCCUGCGCCAGGACCUGCUGCACGGCUUGCGGGCGGGCACCCUCAGCGUGCAGGAUGUGGGGGCCUCGCUGGCCGCUAGACUGGCCCAGGCUGAGGAGGAGGCCGGCCCCGGCCGCAGCCACCACCAACCACGUGCAGACCCCCGGGAGGCACUGCGGGCCGCCACCAUGGAGGUGAAGGUGGGCCGGCUGCGUGGGCCUGCGGUGCCCGUGUGGGACGUGCUGGCAUCCUCGUACCUGACCGGGCCCAUGCGAGAGGAACUGCUGGCCCAGUUUGGCGCGGGCACGCUGGGCCUGCCCGCGCUCACCAGAAGGCUGACCACCAUCUUCGAGGAGGCGGAGGCCGAGGCUGAGGCGCAGGAGCGGGCCAAAGCGGGCAGGCGGCCCGGGACUGGCGUACAGCCGAAUGGACCUUCAGGCCCCGAGGACAGAGACGCACAAGACGGGGACACUGCCAGGCUCAGCCAGGAGCAAGAGCAGGCCCUGCGCGCCGCCACCAUGCGCGUGCAUGUCGGCCAGUUCCAGGGCCAGGACAUCGCUCUGUGGGACGUGCUCUUCUCCUCCUACCUCAGCAUCGAGCACCGCCAGAAGCUGCUGGCCCAGCACGCCACCGGGGCCCUGUCCCUGUCCCGCCUGGUGCGUGUCCUCACGCAGGUUAUCGAGGAGAGCGAGGAGCGGCUGAGCCAGGUGCGCUUCCGCGGCCUGCGGCGCCAGGUGUCCGCCAGCGAGCUGGGCAAGUCGGGCAUCCUGGACGCGGACACCCUGCGCGGCCUGGCCCAGGGCACCAAGAGCCUGCAGGAGGUCACCGAGAUGGAGUCGGUGCGGCGCUACCUGGAGGGCACGAGCUGCAUCGCGGGCGUGCUGGUGCCCUCCCGGGAUGGACACGGGCCCCCCAAGAAGAUGAGCAUCUACCAGGCCAUGUGGAAGGGCGUGCUGCGGCCAGGCACGGCCCUGGUGCUGCUGGAGGCCCAGGCUGCCACCGGCUUCGUGGUGGACCCCGAGCACAACCGCCGGCUCUCCGUGGAGGAGGCCGUGGCUGCGGGCGUGGUGGGCGGCGAGAUCCGCGACAAGCUGCUGUCCGCCGAGCGCGCUGUCACCGGCUACACCGACCCCUACACGGGCCAGCAGAUCUCCCUCUUCCAGGCCAUGAAGAAGGAGCUGAUUGUGCGCGACCACGGCAUCCGCCUGCUGGAGGCCCAGAUCGCCACGGGCGGCAUCGUGGACCCCGUGCACAGCCACCGCGUGCCCGUGGACGUGGCCUACCAGCGUGGCUACUUCGACGAGGACAUGAGCCGCGUGCUGGCGGACCCAGGCGACGACACCAAGGGCUUCUUCGACCCCAACACCCACGAGAACCUCACCUACCUGCAGCUGCUGCAGCGCUGCGUGCGGGACCCAGACACGGGGCUGUUCAUGCUGCAGCUGGCGGGCCCAGGCUCGGCCCUGCACCAGCUGAGCCAGGAGCUGCGAGUGGCCCUGCGCCAGGCGCGCGUGACCUUGACCGCGGGCGCCCUUCACGGCCAGAGCCUGUCGGUGUGGGAGCUGCUGUUCUACGGCGAGGUGUCCGACGUCCUGCGCCAGGACCUGCUGCACGGCUUGCGGGCGGGCACCCUCAGCGUGCAGGACGUGGGGGCCAGGCUGGCCGCGAGGCUGGCCCAGGGUGAGGAGGAGGCCAGCCCCAAACCUGGCUGCAGCCCGCCUCGGGCGGACCCCCGGGAGGUGCUGCGGGCCGCCACCAUGGAGGUGAAGGUGGGCCGGCUGCGUGGACCGGCCGUGCCUGUUUGGGACGUGCUUGCGUCCGCUUACCUGACCGGACACACGCGAGAGGAACUGCUGGCUCAGUUUGGCGCGGGCACGCUGGGCCUGCCUGCACUCACCCGCAGGCUGACCACCAUCCUCGAGGAGGCUGAGGCCGAGGCCGAGGCGCAGGAGUGGGCCAAAGCGGGCAGGCGGCCCGGGACAGGCGUACAGCCGGAUGGAGCCUCACCUGGCUCGCCGCCUUCGGGUCACAAGGACGGGAACGAACGAGAUGGGGACGCUGCCAGGCACAGCCAGGAGCAGGAGCAGGCCCUGCGCGCUGCCACCAUGCGCAUCCAUGUCGGCCAGUUCCAGGGCCAGGAUGUCGCUCUGUGGAACGUGCUCUUCUCCUCCUACCUCAGCCCCGAGCGCCGCCAGGAGCUGCUGGCCCAGCACGCAGCCGGGGCCCUGUCCCUGUCCCGCCUGGUGCGUGUCCUCACGCAGGUCAUCGAGGAGAGCGAGGAGCGGCUGAGCCAGGUGCGCUUCCGCGGCCUGCGGCGCCAGGUGUCCGCCAGCGAGCUGGGCAAGUCGGGCAUCCUGGACGCGGACACCCUGCGCGGCCUGGCCCAGGGCACCAAGAGCCUGCAGGAGGUCACCGAGAUGGAGUCGGUGCGGCGCUACCUGGAGGGCACGAGCUGCAUCGCUGGUGUGCUGGUGCCCUCCCGGGAUGGACACGGGCCCCCCGAGAAGAUGAGCAUCUACCAGGCCAUGUGGAAGGGCGUGCUGCGGCCCGGCACUGCCCUGGUGCUGCUGGAGGCCCAGGCCGCCACGGGCUUCGUGGUGGACCCCGAGCACAACCGCCGGCUCUCCGUGGAGGAGGCCGUGGCCGCGGGCGUGGUGGGCGGCGAGAUCCGCGACAAGCUGCUGUCCGCCGAGCGCGCUGUCACCGGCUACACCGACCCCUACACGGGCCAGCAGAUCUCCCUCUUCCAGGCCAUGAAGAAGGAGCUGAUUGUGCGCGACCAUGGCAUCCGCCUGCUGGAGGCCCAGAUCGCCACGGGCGGCAUCGUGGACCCCGUGCACAGCCACCGCGUGCCCGUGGACGUGGCCUACCAGCGCGGCUACUUCGACGAGGAGAUGAGCCGCGUGCUGGCGGACCCGGGCGACGACACCAAGGGCUUCUUCGACCCCAACACGCACGAGAACCUCACCUACCUGCAGCUGCUGCGGCGCUGCGUGCGUGACCCCGACACAGGCCUUUAUUUUCUUUCUUUGUCUUGA